AUCCUCAGCCACGCUUUCCUUAUUAUACUUAAUACAUGCGGCGGCACCGACGUUGCCAACGGCCAACCACACGCAGCGCCGACUCGGUGGUCAAACCCAUAUGAACACGCUCCUCUCCAUUUCGUCGACACUUUUACUACCACAAAACGCCCUCAUGAUUGACUUUUUACCCAAUAGCAUGGCUGGGUGGGAAAUAUGUGUGUCUGUCGACUUUGCAGGGCGUUGAGGUCUAUGGAAGAGACGUGGAUUCUUGGAGGCGACGGCCCAAAUGAUAGUUCUCGCGGCGGCUUACCACGUUCCGACGGCCUCAUCAUUUUCCUUCAUAUAUAUAUGGUUUCGUCAUCCAAGUUUGGAACGGUUGGAGGCUUUCGACCGACGCUGAGGAGCCAACAAGCUCAAAGCUUGCAUGUGUUUCAAGGUGGCUAGCGAUACAGGAGCGGGCGACGGCGGCGGAGGGAGCGACGGUGAAGCGCACGUGCCGCCGACGGGAAGACUGACUUCCUCGUUCAUGGAGUACGAGAGGUCGGUGAUGGUGUCGGCGCUGGUGCACGUGGUCGCGGGAGACCGCGGCACGGAGGCGCCGCCGGGUGGUGGCAGUGGGCAGACGAGGUGGAACGAGGGCUUCGUGCAUGAGGCCGCGUCCGAGUUGUAUGCUAGCUUUGGGGACUUUGGGAGGUCGUCGUCGUCGGCGGCUUCGGCAGAUGCAACAGAGCAAACUGCAGCUCCUGCAGCGGAAGCGGCGGCCGCCAUGGCAGGAACAGAGCAAGGAGAGAGAGUAAGGUACAGGGGCGUUCGGCGACGCCCCUGGGGCAAAUGGGCCGCCGAGAUACGUGACCCCCACAAGGCCGCCCGCGUCUGGCUCGGCACCUUCGACACCGCCGAGGCCGCCGCCCGGGCCUACGACGAGGCCGCCCUCCGGUUCCGAGGAAACAGAGCCAAGCUCAACUUCCCCGAGGAAGUCGGGCUUCGGAAAGCGCCGGCGGCCACUCCGGAGGCUCACAUGGAGUCCCAGCCGUUCGGCAGACACGGAGCCUCCGGCUCCACCGCCGCCGUUGCCGCGAGAGACUACAUGGAGUACUCGAGGCUGCUGCGGGGAGAAGGGGAGUACCAGAGGAUGCCUCCGACUGCACUGUUGGAUCAAAUGAUGUAUUCCGGAGCUUCUGCAGCUUCUCCUUUCACGGAUGCUUCCUUGGCUUCUUCUACUUCCUUCGCUUCUGGUCCCUUUCCUCCGUCUUCUCCGCUCAUCUAUCCCCCAGAAUCAGAGCAACAGAUGGAUUAUCUUCAACCUCCACCUUGGAGUGGAUGCAGCCAUUAUCCUCCAUCUUCUUCCUCGCAUUGACACUAUACUCCCGGAGCUUCAGAGCGCAUUUCUUGGAUCUAAAACACAGGCUCUAGUUUGGCACUGAAAGGUUUUUGUCGUCGUGGCGCUGUUGUUAGUAUCUUGAUUGGUUGAUGUGUUUGACUCGGGAAUUGGAUGUUGGAUGGUCUUCUUUGCAGAGUUGACCAAAUCCCCAUUCUUUUUUAUUUGCUUUAUUCAAUCAAAACACGUGAAAAAGAAAAGCAAA